GCCGUGUCUGCAGUGUGGGCGGGGGCCGGGGGGCCGAGCGGUGCCGCUGCCGCGCCGGGAGCCGCAGCGGUUCCGAGCGGGGCCCAACAUGGCGGAAAGAGAGGUGGAGUCCGGCCCCCGAAAGAGGUUUGAACAGAAAAGUGGUGCAGUUUUUGAUGAAAUUGUAGAGAACUGUGGUGGUAUCAUGGAUACAGAAAUGUCUGAAGAUAUAGACCACAACUUAACUCCUACCCUUGACAGCAUGUCUUAUGGAAUGCCGAAUCAAACAGGAUCUGAAAAUUCAUUGCUGGAUGAAGAUGAUUAUUUUUUGAACUCUGGGGAUCUUGCAGGAAUUCCAGUCGUUGGUAGUGACAAUGAGGAUGAACAGGAUUUUAGUUCAAAGGACAAUCUUGUUUCUUCAAUCCAUACUGAUGAUAGCUUGGAAGUAGAGAGAAGAGUCACACAGCAUGAAUCAGACAAUGAAAAUGAAAUACAAAUUCAGAAUAAAUUAAAAAAAGACUUUCCUAAACAGUUUGAUCAGGUUUCUGUCUUUAAAUCAAUACGGAAAGAUUUUAGUCUAGUAAGAGAAAACAGCAAAGAGACAUUUUCUGGAAAGGAGAAAAAUAGAGACCUAACUUAUCAUGAACGUGAAAAACGAUUGGAUAAACCCCAUAAAGAUUUGGAUUCAAGGUUGAAAAGCAGUUUUUUUGAUAAAGCAGCUAAUCAAGUUGAAGAAACAUUACAUACCCAUUUACCACAAACCCCAGAAACAAACUUUAGGGAGUAUAGUCAUGGCCAACAGCAAAAAACUCAAGAGGGGGAACUGAAAAUUAGUGCUGUGUUUUCAGUCAGUGGAAGUCCUCUUGCUCCACAGUUGACUACUGGCUUUCAGCCUUCACUGGCAUCAUCUGGCAUGAAUAAAAUGCUUCCUUCAGUUCCAGCCACAGCUGUUCGAGUUUCCUGUUCUGGUUGUAAAAAAAUCCUCCAGAAAGGGCAAACUGCUUAUCAGAGGAAAGGAUCUACUCAGCUUUUCUGCUCCACACUGUGCCUCACUGGAUACACAGUUCCACCUGCACGCCCACCACCUCCUCUCACCAAGAAAACUUGUUCAAGUUGCUCAAAAGAUAUUUUAAAUCCAAAGGAUGUGAUCAGUGCACAGUUUGAAAAUACCACCACCAGUAAAGAUUUUUGCAGUCAGUCAUGUUUGUCAACAUAUGAACUGAAAAAAAAACCUAUUGUUACCAUUAAUACAAAUAGCAUUUCAACUAAAUGCAGCAUGUGUCAAAAGAAUGCAGUUAUUCGACAUGAAGUGAAUUAUCAGAAUGUGGUACACAAACUUUGCAGUGAUGCGUGUUUCUCUAAGUUUAGAUCUGCUAACAACCUCACCAUGAACUGUUGUGAGAACUGUGGGGGUUACUGUUACAGUGGCUCUGGACAGUGCCACAUGCUUCAGAUAGAAGGGCAGUCUAAGAAGUUUUGUAGUUCAGCAUGUAUCACAGCAUACAAACAGAAAUCAGCCAAAAUUACACCAUGUGCGCUUUGCAAAUCAUUGAGAUCCUCAGCAGAAAUGAUUGAAAAUACCAAUAGCUUGGGGAAGACAGAGCUUUUCUGUUCUGUUAAUUGCUUAUCUGCUUACAGAGUUAAAAUGGUUACUUCUGCAGGUGUACAAGUUCAGUGUAACAGUUGUAAAACCUCAGCAAUCCCUCAGUAUCACCUAGCCAUGUCAGAUGGAAGUAUACGCAACUUCUGCAGCUACAGUUGUGUGGUAGCUUUCCAGAAUUUGUUCAACAAACCAACUGGAAUGAAUUCUUCAGUAGUGCCCUUGUCUCAGGGCCAAGUAAUUGUAAGCAUCCCUACAGGUUCAACAGUGUCAGCAGGAGGCAGUAACACCUCUGCUGUUUCUCCCACCUCCAUCAGUAGCUCUGCUGCUGCUGGUCUCCAGCGUCUUGCUGCCCAAUCCCAGCAUGUUGGGUUUGCCCGGAGUGUUGUGAAACUCAGGUGUCAACACUGUAAUCGUCUUUUUGCCACAAAACCAGAGCUUCUUGACUAUAAGGGUAAAAUGUUUCAGUUCUGUGGCAAGAAUUGUUCUGACGAAUAUAAGAAAAUAAAUAAUGUUAUGGCAAUGUGUGAAUAUUGUAAAAUUGAGAAAAUUGUGAAGGAGACUGUGCGAUUCUCAGGUGCUGACAAGUCAUUCUGUAGUGAAGGUUGCAAACUGCUUUAUAAACAUGACUUGGGAAAACGCUGGGGAAGUCAUUGUAAAAUGUGCAGUUAUUGUUUACAGACAUCUCCCAAAUUAGUACAGAAUAAUUUGGGAGGAAAGGUGGAAGAUUUUUGUUGUGAAGAAUGCAUGUCCAAAUAUACAGUUUUAUUCUAUCAGAUGGCCAAAUGUGAUGGUUGUAAACGACAGGGUAAACUCAGUGAGUCCUUAAAAUGGCGAGGGGAAAUAAAACAUUUUUGUAACCUGCUUUGUAUCUUGAUGUUCUGCAAUCAGCAAAGUGUAUGUGACCCACCUUCACAAAACAAUUCAGCAAGUAUUUCCAUGGUUCAAGCUGCUUCCGCAGGGCCCCCAUCUCUCAGAAAAGAUUCAACUCCAGUUAUAGCUAACGUGGUGUCAUUGGCAAGUGCUCCUGCUGCUCAACCCACAGUGAAUUCUAACAGUGUCUUACAAGGUGCAGUUCCAACGGUAACCGCAAAAAUCAUUGGAGAUGCAAGUACACAAACAGAUGCCCUGAAACUUCCACCUUGCCAGCCUCCAAGACUUUUGAAGAAUAAAGCUUUAUUGUGCAAACCUAUCACACAGACUAAAGCCACUUCCUGCAAACCACAUACCCAAAACAAAGAAUGCCAGACAGAAGACACUCCAAGUCAGCCCCAGAUUAUUGUGGUGCCAGUUCCUGUGCCAGUGUUUGUGCCGAUACCUCUUCAUCUUUAUACUCAGUAUGCACCAGUCCCCUUUGGAAUUCCUGUUCCAAUGCCUGUCCCCAUGCUUAUUCCAUCCUCAAUGGACAAUGAAGAUAAAGUCCCCGAAAAUAUUGAAGACAUUAAGGAAAAACUUCCUACACAUCCRUUUGAAGCUGAUCUCCUUGAGAUGGCAGAAAUGAUUGCAGAAGAUGAAGAGAAGGAAAAGACUCUAUCCCAAGGAGGAUCUCAGACUUCUGAACAGGAACUCUUUCUAGACACUAAAAUAUUUGAAAAAGACCAAGGAAGUACAUAUAGUGGUGAUCUUGAAUCAGAGGCAGUAUCUACUCCCCAUAGCUGGGAAGAAGAAUUGAAUCAUUAUGCCUUAAAGACAAAUGCUGUGCAAGAAGCCGAUUCAGAACUGAAACAGUUUUCAAAAGGGGAAACCGAACAGGAUCUGGAAGCAGAUUUUCCAUCAGAAUCCUUUGACCCACUUAACAAAGGACAGGGGAUCCAGGCACGUUCCCGAACAAGAAGACGACACAGAGAUGGUUUCCCCCAGCCCAGACGAAGAGGACGGAAGAAGUCUAUAGUGGCUAUGGAGCCCAGGAGUCUUAUUCAAGGAGCCUUUCAAGGGUGUUCAGUGUCUGGAAUGACCCUGAAAUAUAUGUAUGGGGUGAAUGCCUGGAAGAAUUGGGUUCAGUGGAAAAAUGCCAAGGAAGAGCAGGGGGAUCUAAAGUGUGGAGGAGGUGAACAUGCCUCAUCCAGCCCAUGUUCUGACCACUUAGGAAGUGCUCAAGACCAGGUACUCUCUCAAGAGUCCUCAGAGUCAGGCUGUAGAGUCCGCUCUGGAAAGCUAAAGGAAGAUAUUCUGUCCUGCACUUUUGCUGAAUUGAGUUUGGGCUUAUGCCAGUUUAUCCAAGAGGUGCGGAGACCAAAUGGUGAAAAGUAUGAUCCAGACAGUAUCUUAUACUUGUGCCUUGGAAUUCAGCAGUACCUGUUUGAAAAUGGUAGAAUAGAUAACAUUUUUACUGAACCCUAUUCAAGAUUUAUGAUUGAACUCACCAAACUCUUGAAAAUAUGGGAACCUACAAUUCUUCCUAAUGGUUACAUGUUCUCUCGCAUCGAAGAAGAGCAUUUGUGGGAGUGCAAACAGCUGGGCGCUUACUCACCAAUCGUCCUCUUAAACACCCUCCUUUUUUUUAAUACCAAAUACUUUCAACUAAAGAAUGUUACUGAGCACUUGAAGCUUUCCUUUGCCCAUGUGAUGAGGCGGACCAGGACUCUGAAGUACAGUACCAAGAUGACAUAUCUGAGGUUCUUCCCACCUUUACAGAAGCAAGAGUCAGAGCCAGAUAAACUAACUGUUGGCAAGAGGAAACGAAAUGAAGAUGAUGAGGUCCCAGUGGGCGUAGAGAUGGCAGAGAAUACUGAUAACCCACUAAGAUGCCCAGUCCGACUUUAUGAGUUUUACCUGUCAAAAUGUUCUGAAAGUGUGAAGCAGAGGAAUGAUGUGUUUUACCUUCAGCCUGAGCGCUCCUGUGUUCCGAAUAGUCCCAUGUGGUACUCCACAUUCCCAAUAGACCCUGGUACCCUGGACACCAUGUUAACACGUAUUCUCAUGGUGAGGGAGGUACAUGAAGAACUUGCCAAAGCCAAAUCUGAAGACUCUGAUGUUGAACUAUCAGAUUAAGAUGGAAGUGAGGUUCCUAUUUUCAUACACAUUGGUAUGCACCAAACUGUGAACGCAUCUAGCUGUUGGAAAGCAAUGUUUAAGCCCAAGUCCUCUUGACUCAAUUAUGAGACAUGGGAAACAGAUGAUCCACAGUGUGGAUGUACAAAUGAAAACUGAAGGAAAGAAUUUGAACCGAGAAAUGUUCUUUGGCAGUGAUAUAGUUCUUAGACAUCUUCAGAAUGACUAACCAAUUUCUCUGAGUGGUGCAUAAUCUUAUUUUGUUUGGGAAUAACAAAAUUGUGGAAUAUUUUUAAGGAAAACUGUUGUAUAAAACUCUACCAUAGUAACCUUAGACCUUAGAGAGGUAGCUUUGGAGUGAGACCUUGGCUACUUGGGCAAGACCUUGGUAAAGUCAGGGGAGAAUUCAAUACAAAGCUGAGAGUGACAUCAGAUGGGACUGGGGGACCCAGACCUGAAGACCCAAUAAAAAUACACAACUUUUUUUCCAAGUUAGUGAAGUGGUCUUGAUUUUGAUUUUCACUGCCAAGCCAAUUAUGUGAAGGAUAGAAGCCUCUGAUGCUUUUACCAGGGGCCCCUCAUAUCAGGGAAAAUGACCUUCACUCCUAUUAAUAGUGAUGUGUCCCUUUCACCUUCUGGGUUUAGCUUUCUCAUCUAUGGGUCUCAAGGUGGGUAAAUGAAGGUAAAGGGGAUGAUAUUCCACAAACUAAUUAUGCACACAGAAGAUCUGUGGAGCCCAUUAGACCCCAAGUGUCUUGAAAUGUUUGUAAAGAACCCACUAAAAUGCCCACUUCUCUGGGUGCAGGCCUUUAUUGCUGCUGUCUCAUAGCUUGAGCUGUGGUACACAGAAAUGGGGCUCUCCAUUUGUUUUUGUUUUUCCCCCAGUGGCAGCUUUUCUUCCAUUGUUUUACCUUCCUAUUUCCCAAAUGAUUCCUCUUUUUUUGUCUUUUGCAUCAGUUUUUGGAGGCCCUUGUCAUUUCAAAAAGUAUAGUCUCUCUCCUGAACUUUGUCUGGCAAACCCAUGGGCAGUUCCAGAGACACAGUAUUACUUAGCUAUCCGAAUUAUGGUAGAAAAGGUCUCGGUAGRUUCUUGUGUAAAGCAUUUAAAAGAUGACCUUGUUGCCCUAGGAAACUUGAAAAUAGGGAUUCUGGGGUUAGGAUUCAGACAUUGACUGUCUUCUUAUAGCAUUAUUCCAAACUCUAGCUGUUUUAGUAGUUCUAUGAGGAUUGCAAGUCAUAGGCGUGUGUGGCCAUAUCGGUCUAUGUCCCUCAUCACAAUUCUCAGUUCUUUGGUACAAAAUUUUGAAAUCAAAGCUUUUAUGAUUAUGGCCAGUCAAUAGAACAUCUUUAGCCAAGGUUUAUUUGACCUUAUGAUAAAACUGAGAGAAGUCAAAAAAAUCUUCUUAGAAAGUUUAAUCUUGAAAUCCUUUUCAGUAUGUCCCAUAUUUUAGGUGGGGAUGGCAGGUGUAUUUUUUUUAAUAAAUGAAAGUCAUUUAACAGAAUUAAAAGUGGGCCUUUUGACAUUGUGUACUUGAUGGUUCUAUCCCCCUGCCUGUAACAAAUCUCACUUUUGUUACUAAGAACUGUGUGAAAGAAGUAAAUCUGCCCUGAUUCUGUAUGAUUAAUUACAUCUGUGUGUGUCAUUUCUGACUGGAAAACUUCCUACUUCUAGACCUUGUUCGACUGGAGGAAAACAAUUGGAUUGUCUGAUAAGUCUGCCAAUAAAACCAUCCAGAAACAUCAGGUGUAAUAGUCCCACUAUACGAAUUUUAUGGUUUGUAUAAACACUAACAUUUUCCCUGUCUCUGUAGUUGUAUGAAAAACAAAUACUGUUAGCACAUAGUAGAUAAAUUGUAAUACCCAAAAGGAAAAAAUCUGUAUCUUUUAACUGAAAACAACCAAUAAUACCCAGAUAAAUGACUGUAUCAGGAUUUCAACUGCAUGUUAGUACAGAGUCACUCAGAACCCUGAACUAAUUCGUAAAGAAAAUAUGAUUAAUCAUUGGUCAUUGCUCAUAAGCAUAGCUGUUGAUAUGUCCAAUUUUUUGCUUAUUUUAUUAAAAUUGUAUAAGAUUACAUUUUCCCCUCAGGAGAGAAAAAAAACUAUCAAACAAAAAAAGAAACAUCUCAAGCAUCCUUUCUGUUCUUUUGCCUUUUAUCACUUUUGGGUUUUCCCUUUGCAGAAACCACAGAAAUAUUCCCUUAGAAUAAAACAGUAUAUUUGUAUUUGGCGGAUGAAUUCUUUUUCUUUGUCUUCAAGCAACUUUAAGUACAUUUUUGUAUUUGACUGUAUUGGUGUGACUCAACAGAUAGUAAAACCACCAAGAAAAAGAGCAAUUUUCAGAAAUUAUUUGAGUUUUAUUUAGGUCACAAAUAAUGUUGCAUGUUUUUCCAUCAAAAGACUUGUUUCCACUUUUUAGUUUAUUUAUUGGCUGUAUUCAAAACCCCAACAUCUACAAUAUAAGGUAUGCAUAUAUUUCACUUCUGCCUUUUUUUUCUUUCUUUUUUUUUAGAUGAGUACAAAACUUUCGUCAGUCACCUUCAGUGAUUUUGAAAUUUCGAGAUUAGAAUUAGGAAUCUAUUCAUUCCUAAGUAAACAUAAAAACACUUAAUAUGAGAAUGAAAAAUUAAUGGCAUUCUUGUAACUACAAUUAUGCCUCCAAAUUGCAUGUAGACCAUUUCUAUCUGCCUUGUGACAGUCCAGUUUUGUAAAAUGGGAGUUUUCCCCCAAAAAAGUCUAAAGUAAAUGAAUUUUUAUAAAGAAAUCACAGUUUUCAAUUAAAUUCAGAUUUUUAGUUUUAUUUUAGUGAAUAAAAAGUUCCCUUACAAUGCUGAGUUGAAUAAAAUAAGAUUAAUUUUAUUAUGUCAAAAUUAAAGAUUCUUAUUCAGUAAAGGAUAAAGACUUAGGAUCUUGCAAUGUUGAAAGCAACCAGUGGAUUUAYAUCUAGCAUAUACAAAAAAUUUUAGAAAAGGCAUUGAGAAAUAAUAAUACCUCCAAUUCCUCUAUAUUUUUCAUGUAUUACCAUCACACUGUGUUACUACCAUCAUUGAAGAAAAUUUUAAUUGUGAGGCAUUGUUACUUAGUGGAACAAUCACAGGCUUUUGGAAUCUARUUUUUCCACUUGCUGGUUGUAUACAAUGUUAGGUAAAUUGUAUACAAUUUGUGCUGCCUCAGUUUUCUCAUUUAUAGGGUAAAUAAUAACAACUCCUUUGGUUUUGCUUGGUUCAUGGUAGGCUUUUAAAUGUCAGUAUGUAAUGCAAUUUGUAUGUUAAAAUAAAAAAAAAUCUAAGACUUCAAUUAAACGUUAGUUCCCAUAUUGCAGUCUUUCAUUAAGUUCAGUACUGUGGAUUCUGCAAACUUAAUACUCUAUAUGAUCAGUUCUACAUAUUUUAAAUCAAAUAUUAAGCAUAAUUAAAUAUUGUAAUAAAUAUUGUAAUAAAAGUACUUACUCAUGUGCUUGUAUGCACAUCAGUAUUGAUCAGCAUCUCAAAAAUCCAUUGAUGUACUUAAUUAUAUUGCAAAAAAGGAAGAAAUUUAUGAUAAACAUUGACUGCUGGACUUAGUUUUGACCAGUGGAAUGGAAGCAGAAGUGAGUUUACAACUACCAGGCCACAUCUUUAAAGGAAGAUGCAUGUAGUCGUUUUGCGUUUCCCCUUUUCUGUAGGCUAGAAUGUGACUAUGGCUGUAACAGACCAAUUUUUUUCCACAAAGGAAAGGGAUGUGUACCAGGAGCACAUUCACCUCAUGGGCAGAGCCACUUCUCUCCUAAACUGAC